UUUAACGGUCACAGAUGGUGACGUCACGGCAGCGUCAGCAGUCAUGAAUCAGAUCCACAGUUUUACUGAGUUCAGUGUGUGUUCACUUCAUCUGACUGAAGAAUCGUUGUGAUCGGUGUAGAGUCAGAUUUGAUGCAAUGAUUCAGAGAAACUCAACAAGAACUGUGGAAAUGUCUGUGUGGGUUCUGAUCCCCAUCAGUCUGCCUGUGUUCACACUGCCGGGAAUCUGGAUCAUAUAUGCAAUGGCCCUGCAGAAUCAACAUGUGUGUCCUGUCAAUAACUGGGUGUAUAACUCAUCGUGUGAGACGUCUCUGGUUCAUCAGAGUGGUUCUGAUCUGUGCUGCACACUCGACAGUGUUCCACUCAUCAGUAAAUGUGGUGAUGUUCCUCCAGAGAGCUGCUGGUUCAGUCUGUUGUGCAGCGCUGCUUCAUUCAUGGUGAUUGUGAUUGGUCUGCUGCGAUAUGCUCACGUCAUUCAUAAGAAGAGUAACAGUGUGUUGAACAUUGAGGGUUUGUGUGCUGGAGGACUCUGUGCCACUGGACUCAUGAUUGUGGGAAACUUCCAAGUGGAUCACGCUAAAGUUCUUCACUAUGUUGGAGCGGGUCUGGUCUUCCCCGGCAGUCUGCUGUUUGUGUGUGUGCAGACGCUGCUGUCGUACCGUACGGCCGACACACGGACAGACUUCCACACCGCACACCUGCGACUGGCGCUCACCUUACUCGCCCUCUCCACCCUCAUACUCAGUGGCGUGUUCUUUAUUCAGGAGAGUUUCGUCCUGCAGCACGCGGCUGCGAUCCUGGAGUGGCUCUUUGCGAUCAUCGUGCUGCUGUUUUACGCCUCGUUCUCACACGAGUUCAGCUCCAUAUCUGCAGAAACACUCACAGCGCUGACGAGGAGACGAGACGGUUUCUCUGAGGAGAGGCGGAAAGGAGACAAAACACAGCCGAAGAUCUGACAUGCCGGAUUAUAGAUUAAUAUACGACACGGCGAGCAAGACUUUAGACUGAGAGUUAAACCCUGGAUGUGCAAUACAGGUCAAGAUGCUCAAACUACUGUGAUUUGUUUGAGAAAGGAAGAAUGAAGACAGUUUUAUUAUUAUUAUUAAAGCUAAAGCAUGUCACUUUUUCAGUGUUAAAAUACUUCUAUCCCAGUGUCAAACCCAUUCCUAUAUGUUCGUGGUCAGAGAAGUAUACUCAGA